AGAACGGUCUCCAGCGUCUCUUGGCUAUGCUCCUCGACACCUGUGAGCCGUUCAUUGCAUGGCAAGAUCUUAGCAUGCAAAGAUUCGGUCUCGGAUAUCGGCGUUGGCAUUCUUCGACUUGAUACCGAGGUAGCAUUGUCCGGGAUGAGGGCUGAACGUGGAGAGGAAGCGGCGAUGCUGCUGUCCGCGUACCAGCGAGCAGCGCAGCGUGACGCGGCUACAAUGAGGCAGCGCCGUCGUACUCUACGCACUUUAUUGGGGGUUAUCGGUGCUGUUGCUCUGUUCGUUGGAUGCAUCGCAGCAGUCGACGUGAUGGCGAUGACUGGCAACGGAAGCGACACUAUGACGCUAGAAGUGUCCACGGAGGACGAGGCCAUAGAAAUGGAGUCGCAGUUUGGCUGGAACUCGAUUGGCUACGGCUGGUGCUCGGUCAAGGCGUCGACAUGGUGCAUGUUCAGUAAGGACAAGGAGAAGUGCAAGGAGAACAUCGAUUGCUACAAGAAGGGCAUUGAGUCGGGUACACGAGGCGCUGGAAGCAGCAGCGGAGAGUUUGGCGAUGCCACGGUUGGGGACUCAUCCUCGGACGACGAGGUGGGAGCUCCGAUGGAAAACCCCUCGCAAUCGUCGUCAAAUGAUGAAGAGGAAGGCAUUACGGGAGGUGAAGAGACUGGAGGAGAAGGAAAUUCUGGGGAUGGGAGCAAAAUUGAACCAAGGGGAGGUGAGGACUAACGGAGGAGGCGAAAGAAGUCGAGGGUGGCGGUCAAAAACAACUACAUGUAGUUGUAACGUAUACAUGGAUUCUAGGUUUUACACCCUUCAGGUUGAGACUGGUAUCAAUUGUUCUCUCAUAAAUACUCCUUUAUAAUGGAUUUGCCACCCUUCAUCAGUUA